UGCACAAUUGGAAUUGCUACCAAAACUUUAAUUGGUUAUCAUCUUAAAUCGGCAAAACAUGGUUAUUUGCAAUCAUUACAAAUUAACAGUAACAAUAAACAAGAAAACAUAAUCUAACCAACAUAAUAAGUUAUUCUUAUCCAUACAACCCCCAUUACAUUACAACAAAGAAAGACGACACUAUACAUUCACAUUCUCAUUCAUAAAAUUCUAUGUAUAAAAUGCUCCAAUCCCCAAAAUUAUCCCAACUCUUCUUGUCCCUCUAAAAUACAACUUCUCAAAAAACAAACAAAGCCUCAUCCUCAUUAACCAUGAACUCUCAACUCCUUUUCCUCUUCCUUACAUUCUUCCUCCACCACACACACUCCUUCCCCACCCCCACCGCUACUCCCCCCACCACCGCCACUUCGUUCGACUUCAUUCGAUCGAGUUGCAACACCACCCUCUACCCUGACGUAUGCUACACCUCCCUCUCCCGCUACGCCAAUGCAGUCCGCCUCGACCCGGCCCAACUAGCCCGUAUCUCCAUCGGGCUCACCCUAGCCCGGGCCCGCCACGCCUCCGCCUUCUUUGCCAACAUGACCCAACGGGCCGACUACGGACCCGACCCACGGGCCACCUCCGCCCUCCAUGACUGCUCCUCCACCUUCGGAGACGCCGUCGACCAAAUACAUAAAUCACUAAAGGAGAUGAGCCAGGUAGCUUCGGCUGCCGAGUCCUCCACGAUCGAGGCGUUAAGGUUCCAGCUCAGUAAUGUCCAGACGUGGAUGAGCGCGGCUCUAACCAAUGAGGAUACGUGCACGGACGGGUUCGAGGACGUUGCAGAGUGUCCGGUGAAAGAUGAAGUGUUUGACAAGAUAGUGAUUGUGAAGGAGUACACUAGUAAUGCCCUUGCUUUGGUUAAUAGUUAUGCAGCCUCCGUGAACCCAAGAUGAUGAAAAUGGGAUUGAACAUUUGGAGGUUGUUAUUGGACGUUGGAAAUCUACAGGACUAUAAUUGUAACGAACUCGUGACUUUAUGUUGUCGUGUUAUUUAAUCUCAUUAAUAUGUGUGAAAGAGUCUUGGAAUAUACUACAGUGGCAUACAACUUAGUAGUGAGUGUUUGUUUGUGUAUGUGCGUGAAUGCAUAUAAGGUUUUUUUUAAGUUAUAAACUUAUAGGAGGAGGUGUCAAUUCAGGUUAUAUGUCGGGUUCCGGUCAUGAUUAGUUGGGUCGAGUUAUUUUUAAUUUGAGCUUUGCUAAAUUAUUACAAUUAUAUAUGCAGUUAAAUUCUAAAUUGGUUCACUUUGAGUUAGGUCAAACUGUUUUAGAUCAAAUCGAUAUAUGACAGAUCUAGUUAUAGGAUAAUGCAUUAUAUGAAAUAUUGCUCAAUAAUGUAAACAUAGUGACAUAUUUGUGAAGUAUGUUUUACA